UAUUUGAAACUCUCUCCAUAUUGUUAGUUUGUUACAAUCAUCAUAUAAAAUUGAUGAACAUUAAAUCCUAGUAUGAUAUAUAGCGAUUGGAGACUUUUCUAAUUCGAACUUAGAUAUUCUUCAAUUGAGAUUCCUUUAGAAAUGAGAUUUCAGCCGAGACUCACUGAACCACGUACAAAUUCAAAAGUCCUUUCGAAAACAUGUGAUAAAAUUGUAACGAUACAAAGAAAAUUAGAGCAUUCAGUGCGAAAGCACGGUGCCAGGGUAGAUGUUUCAGCUGGAAUAAGUCAAGAGAAGCAACAGAAGCUAACGAAGCUGUUAGUGAAAGUGAAUAUACAGAACAGUGUGGGGCCGGUACAUGUAGUAAUGUCACCGGAAAACACCGUCCGGGAGUUGAUAAAGGCUGCGAUUGAGAUUUACGUGAAGGAGAAGCGGCGGCCGUUGUUGCCCAGUAGCGAUUCUCGGUGUUACGAGCUUCAUUACUCCCAGUUUAGUUUGGAGAGCUUGAAUCUAGACGAAAAGUUGCUGAAUUUGGUGUCUCGAAGUUUCUUUGUAUGUCCAAAACCAAACUGUCGUCUUAAUUCAUCUUUGAAGAACAAAACAAAGGGCACUGAGAAACUUCCAAUUAUCUUGGGAAAGUUUAUGGAUCUCUUGAUACAAAUUGUGAUAAAUCUAAGUAAUUUUUGGUCAAAAUGUCACCUCCAAUGGCUUUAAUCAUAUAUUUGAACAAUCAAUGCUAGUGACCAAGUCAUGUUUAUUACUAAAUACUUUCUCCUUCUCUUUUUGUUGUAAUGGAUUCUUCUUCUUCUUUUUAGUUUUUUUGUGUGCAACUUACGAUUUUAUUAGAGUUGCACAAAAUGACUAUCAAUGCUCGAUGGAGCUUUCAAUGUGAUUGGACUCUACUAGUUAAAUUUGGUACAACAUGUAUUCAUCACAAAGAUUUCAACAUUUUAUAUU